AUGGACCUUAAUUCUCUGAGCAAGGAAGAGCUUAUAAAGCUAUUGGAUGCUCAGACAAAGCGUGCCGAUGAGGAGAGAAAACGCGCUGAAGAAGACAGGAAGCUUGCUGAUGAGGAGAGAAAACGCGUUGAUAAAGCAGAAGAGCUAAACCGACCUACAUCAUUUGAAGAGUUUUUGAUUGCCUGCCAUAUAUAUAUUUCGGUGCCGAUUACGGUGCAAACGAAUAUUGCCCUUACUACAAAAGGAUCCAUAACCGCCCCGACCGGCCGUUAUUGCCCAACUUUUCUCGAAUCUUGGGAUUUUCAUUCUGCCCAACAACCGCUUUUUGACGAGGCCUAUAAAUUCCUCCACCCUUCCAAUGCCCCAGAGCUGCGUGUUUUCCCGCCUAGACAAGUUUUAGAAUACCAGGGACGUAUUGCAUGCCGUCACCCGCUAGGAAGCGAGGGUGACUUACAACGUCAUCAAUUCCUGGAGGUAGAAAACCCCAUAUACGAUACCAUCCAGGCAUUAGCCGCAAUACCAGCGGCAAGAGAAAGAUUUUCUCUUGCUGAUGGUAUUGUAUUUGAAAACCACUUGAAUUCCACCACAGAGGUACCAUUGGAUGGUGAGGUGCCUGUUAUCCCUCGAACCGUUAAGCCGGAUCAGAAUUGCAUAUUUCAUCAAGUCAACGGCGAACGAAACCUUAUAUAUGUGACAGAAUACAAGGCUGCACAUAAACUUACCGAUGACUUUAUCCGUAGCGGUCUUUACCGGAUGAAUAUGUACGAGGAAGUUGUUCAGCGUGCUAUACUACCUGAUAAGGAUGAUAAAGAUGGAAAUGCGCAGUACAACGCUGAAAGGCUUACUUGCGCAGCUUUGACCCAAACAUUCGAUUAUAUGAUUAGACAGGGACUCGAGUAUAGCUGUCUCACCAACGGACGAAUCAAGGUGAUGUUAAGGGUGCCAAUUGAUAAUCCGGAAACUCUGCAGUACAGCAUCCUUGAGCCUAGCAAAGACGCUGAGCCAGAAGAUGACCAGAAUGGUUUCCGCUUUCCCUAUACUGCUGUUGGUUGUUAUCUAGGCUUAACGCUUUUGGCACUUGAAUCACCGGAGAGAAAUCAGGCCUGGCGGAAUUCCGCACAAUCAAAACUGAACAAAUGGGAAGUGAAUUUUGAGAAAAUAUUACAGGAUAUCCCUAUGACUGAACGCAAGAUUCGUCCUAGCCCUGCGUACAGAGCGCCAAGAGGUCCGGGGUCACCGCCAAGCGAUGACGAAGCGGAGGGUAGAGAGCCACCGUCUUCUCCGCUACAGGCUAUCGAGCGCAGAAAGCGACAGCGGACAUCAACAAUGGAUUCUCAGCCGUCAGGCUCAGGACAACCGACCGGCUCACAGAAUCGUCCCUUCUGUACACAGAGAUGUCUCGGUGGGCUUGUUUCUCGGUUGCCUUUCGAUCCCAGAUGUCCAAAUAUCGAGCUACAUAAGCGUAAUUCCAAGGGGAGCCUCCACCCGCUAUCACUACCUAAGGCACUCGCUCUCAUGGAAAAUCAAAUAAACGACGACCCAGAUAGCUGCCGCUACCUUAAGAAGGGAGGAAUACAUGGCUCAAUCUUCGCCCUCACUCUGAAAGGAUACGGCUACACAUGUAUCGGCAAAGGAACAAGCUACAGGAGCAAACAUGAAGCUCGCAUAUACGGCCUUCUAGCACCCCUUCAGGGGACCACCAUCCCAGUUUUCCUCGGAGACGUCCACUUCACUAAAUCCAAAUAUUUUCUCCUCGAUCGUACCAUCGUCCAACUAUCAUUGAUGGCCUGGGGCGGCAAAUGUCUAUCCGAAGCACCGCCUCCGAUCGAAAAGCAGGACUUAGCCGGCCGCGUAAAGCAGGCACAGAGAGAAUUACUUUCCUACAAAGUUGCACAUCUCGAUUUUGAAGACCGGAAUAUACUCUGGAACGAAGAAAUUCAGGGAGUGAUGGUUAUUGAUUUUGGGCGGGUUAAAGUUAUUGAGUCUCUGAAGCGAAAGGCCGAUGCGGUGCUGGCUGAUAUAUCGCCCAAUUCGAAGAGGUUCAAGGUGCCAGCGUGA